AUGCCAGUUGCGAUCAUUACAGGAGCAAGUUCUGGAAUAGGACGUGCAGCCGCUGUGCUCUUCGCCAAGCACAAGUAUCAACUUUCGCUCACAGGCCGGAACGAAGCAGCUUUGAGGGAUGUUGCUAGGGAAUGUGUGCAACAAGGAAUUACAGAAAACGAUGUAAGUUUUGCAGUUCAGGAUAUACUGCUUUCAAGCGCUCAGCUUUCGUAGGA